AUGGACGCAGCCGUGGAGAACCAUGUCAAAGCAUGCCACGAAUGCCAAAUCAACACCAAACCCAACAAACUGCCACUGUUUCACCCUAACCCGCAACCUCCUCAUCCCUGGCACUCCCUCAGCCUUGACUUCUAUGGGCCUCUCCCAGAUGGGUCCAUGAUCCUGGUGGUGAGGCACGACCUGACACGCUUUCUGGUGGCAACUAUAUUGUCAUCGGCCACCGCAGAAGCCAAGGUGGACGCCUUGGAGGACAUCUACCAUCUCAUGGGAUUCCCACAAAGGCACGGAACUGAUGGGGGACCCCAAGUCACUCCAACUUAUUUGCCGCAUUCAGCAGGAAGCUCGGGAUUGAUCACGAGCUGA